UAGUGUGUGACUGUGUACAUGUUACCAUGGAAACGCAUUGUUGACUGCAGGAGAUGUUAGAAGAUGAUGUGUGGAGCUCCAGUGGAUUUAUCUUUUAAAGCCAUCAGCAACUUGGCAGAUACGGAGUCAGAAGAACCAAGCAGAUGUCUGCGACCUUUAAAGAGAAAUUCAGUAGGAAAGUUCCAAAGUGGCUCUCUUCGUCUGAAUAACAAUCAUAUUACAAAUCUCUUUGACCUUCACAAGACUAUCAGCCACUUCAUGGCUGAACCGUCACUGCUCGCCUGGCUGGACCUUUCGUUCAACCGCAUCACAAAUAUAGACAAAGUUUUGUGUGAACUACCCCAACUGCGGGUUUUGUAUCUUCAUGGCAACCGUAUUUUUUCUCUAUCAGAGGUAGACAAGCUACGGAAUCUCUCUCAUCUACACACCAUCACCUUACAUGGAAACGUCAUUGAAACAAACAAGGCCUACAGGAGUCAUGUGAUAUCUACUCUGCGUGGAUUAAAGACGAUGGAUUUCAGUGUUGUGACCCCUCAAGAGCGAGCCUUGGCACAGAUAUGGCACCACAGGACCAGCCCCGGCAAACAAAAUAAGGAAACUCUUAAGUGACUGUGUUUGAAGCCGCAACUAUUUAACUGUUUCACAAGAUCUUUAUUGAAAGGCAUACAAGAUAAGGAAAGAUUUGUCUUAAAAUUAUUCUUAUAAAUACA